AUGGCUGGUGUUAAUGUGCCUUAUGCUGGACAAAGCAGUGAUGCCCCACUACAACCUCAGCUGCCGGUUCACCCUUGCAACGAGAACUGCAGUUGUAAAAUCAACUCCUUUGCCCCCGUGUGCGGGUUUGAUGGGGUGACAUAUUACUCUUCGUGUUUUGCCGGCUGCAAACUGCAUGUCGCAUCAAACGGUGAAAAGAUAUUCUCCAACUGCACCUGUAUUCCCCCAAUGCAGAAGAACAAUAAUUCCAAUCAUGUCAUAACAGAAGGAAAGGCAUACCCUGGCAAGUGCUUUAAGAUCUGCUGGUGGCAAAAUCUCAUUUUAGUUGGUUUGUUCUUUGUGAUUGGAACAACGUUUAUGUGCGCUGUUCCUGGAGUUGACCUGUCGUUGCGUUGUUUCCCCCAACACCUGCGUUCCCUCGCUGUUGGUGUUCAGUGGAUUCUGAUUCGAACCUUGGGUACAAUACCCGGCCCCAUUAUAUUUGGUGCCAUGAUUGACAGCACUUGCCAAAUCUGGAAUAAGCGGGAUUUAUGUGCAGAGGGUCUAGGUUCAUGUGUGAUGUAUAAAAACCAAGAGCUUUCUUUCAGUCUUUUAAUUCUCUCCGUUAUUUACAAGGGUGCGAGCAUCUUGUUUUUUGGUCUUGCCCUCUUGUCUUACAAACCAGCUCGUCUGGUUGCGACAGAAUCAUCUCCAAGUCACCACAGAGUUACAGAGUCGCCUAUGUAA